ACGAACCGCCGCUAUGACGACGAUGAAGAAGAUUAACUAGCUCCUGGAUGUUGCUCCUAAUUUGAGAAUCUGGACUCUGGGGGACAUGCCGAACCUUUCCAGCACCUGUAAAGCCUGAUAAAUCACCGGCGUGUGUUGAACAUCAACUGUGACCACCGACACCGACGGUUCUUGGUUCACCGAGCUUUCAGAAGUUUCUCCACCCUCUGAUCAUGGUGGACUACUACCAGAUUUUGGGCGUACGGAGGGACGCGUCUGCAGAUGACAUAAAGAAAGCGUACAGAAAACUGGCACUGAGGUGGCACCCGGAUAAAAAUCCCGACAACAAGGAGGAUGCUGAGAGGAAGUUUAAGGAGCUGUCAGAGGCGUAUGAAGUCCUGUCAGAUGCCAGCAAGAGAAACAUCUAUGAUCGCUAUGGCAAAGAGGGGCUGACAGGGGGCAGCGGGGGCAGAGGAGGACAUUUCCACAAUGGACAGCAUUUCCACGAACCAUUCACCUUCCGUAACCCAGAAGAUGUUUUCCGGGAAUUCUUUGGGGGCAGAGACCCGUUUGUGGACCUCUUUGGAGCAGAUCCAUUCCAGGAUGAUCCGUUUUUCAGCCGACGGCACCAAGGCCGGACCAGUCGCAGCCGGGAUGGAAGCUCAUUCUUCGGAGGCUUCGGUUUUCCUCCGUUUGGUGCUGGAUUCUCCCCGUUUGACCCGGGCUUCGCUUCAUUUGGAUCCAUGGGCCACAUGGGUCACAUGGGCCACAUGGGUCACAUGGGCCACAUGGGUCACAUGACAACUAUGGGCAGUCUGGGAGGAGGAGGCUUCACCUCUUUCUCUUCAACAUCCUUUGGAGGAGGAGGAGGAGGAGGAGGAGGAGGAGGAGGAGGAAUGGGGAACUUCCGCUCUGUGUCCACCUCCACCAAGAUUGUCAAUGGCCGGAAGAUCACCACCAAGAGAGUCAUGGAGAACGGCCAGGAGCGGGUGGAGGUGGAGGAGGACGGCCAUCUGCGGUCACUGACCAUUAACGGGAAGGAGCAGCUACUGCGGCUGGAACACAAGUAAAGACCGGACCCGGUUCUGGUGAAGAUAAUACCUCAGAAGAAACGGCCCGUUGAGCUGGAGCUCCAGACAGAGGAACUGGUGUUUUACUGUUAGUCUGAUGUACAUACUUAAGUUCUGUUCAUUCCUACCCCUGCGAAUCCCUGUGGACCAAUACCCCUCCCCACUUGACCCCCUAGAACGCUACCCCACCCCACCCCCCUGGACCCCCGUGAACCCCCUCUCACUGACUCCCAUGUCUUAAUGAUCCAGAUUCCAGGAUUUGGACUCGGACGUUAUUCCGCAUCAUUUGGUUCCCGUUGUCAGACUUGGAGCGGUCCUGGUGUUCUAGCUCUGGAUGGGGUUCUGAGGUUCUGACUGGGGUCCUGGUGUGGUUCUGAUAGCCUAAAAGAAUGUUGGUACAGAAAAAGAUCAGGAAUCAUUUCACCAUGCCCCCCCCCCCCCCCCCCCCCACCCCCCCCCCCCACACUACUUGUCUAGAUUCCUCUUCGGAAUAAUUUUUUAUUAAAAACUUAAAUAAAUCUAAAGUCGGGUGGAAGAAUCCCAGAUUUUUACUUUAAAGUGUUUUUGUUUAUUUAUUUUCUGCAUGUUGGUGUUGAUUCUAAAUGUUGAAGCUACAUUGAUGCACACAUGACGAAAGGCAUUCUGUAAAUGAAACAUGGAAAAUUUUUGUGUACUCUGGAAAUAAAUCUAGACUUUCAUGCUG